CAGAGUUUUAGUUUCACAGUGUAGCUACCAGUGUCUUUAGGAUUUAGGUUUAGGACUCCUAAAUCUUCAAGAACGAGCCCUGAACACAUCUUUUCCCAAUAAAAUUCGAUAUGUGGAGUGAUUCUUUGCUAAUAGUUUUUAUUUCAAUCUGUACAGCAUUCUUAGGAGAAGGAUUGACAUGGAUACUUGUCUACAGAACCGAAAAAUAUCAAAAACUCAAAGUGGAAGUAGAACGGCAAAGUAAAAAAUUGGAAAAAAGAAAAGAAGCUCAUGGUGAUUCUUUGGAUAAGCAGCACAAGAAAAAAAUUGAACGAGAAGAAGAAAGACUCAAAAACAACAAUAGAGAUCUUUCCUUGGUUAAAAUGAAAUCAAUGUUUGCAAUUGGAUUUGCUUUUACAGCAUUGCUCAGCAUGUUUAAUAGUAUAUUCGAUGGAAGAGUUGUUGCCAAGUUACCGUUUCAUCCAAUAUCCUGGAUUCAAGGAUUGAGCCACCGAAAUUUGCCUGGAGAUGAUUACACUGAUUGCUCCUUUAUCUUUCUAUACAUAUUGUGCACAAUGAGUAUCAGACAAAACAUCCAGAAAUUGCUAGGAUUUGCUCCAUCUAGAGCUGCAUCUAAGCAAGGUGGUGCUUUAUUUACGGCACCUCCAGCUCAAUUUAAGUAAUAGAAGGAUUAUACAAAUUAGUAAAUUAAAUGAGAA